UUCCCCUGUCCCGCCCCGCCCCGGGUGCUUCCGGUUUCUCCGCGGAACUGCCUGGGGACUCGCUUGGGCUUUUCAUGGAAGAGAUGUCAGGAGACAGCGUGGUGAGCUCAGCAGUGCCGGCAGCUGCGACUCGCACCACCUCCUUCAAAGGGACCAGCCCGAGCUCCAAAUAUGUCAAACUGAAUAUUGGUGGCGCCCUCUACUACACCACAAUGCAGACCCUGACCAAGCAGGACACCAUGCUUAAGGCCAUGUUCAGCGGCCGCAUGGAGGUUCUCACCGACAGUGAAGGCUGGAUUCUGAUCGACCGCUGUGGCAAACACUUCGGGACCAUAUUAAAUUACCUGCGUGAUGGGGCCGUGCCUCUUCCUGAGAGCCGGAGAGAGAUUGAAGAGCUGCUGGCUGAGGCAAAGUAUUACCUGGUUCAGGGUCUGGUGGAUGAGUGCCAGGCAGCUCUACAGAACAAAGAUGCGUACGAGCCAUUCUGCAAAGUACCAGUCAUCACUUCUUCUAAGGAAGAGCAAAAACUUAUAGCAACAUCCAAUAAGCCAGCAGUAAAGUUGCUGUAUAACAGAAGUAAUAACAAAUAUUCCUACACCAGUAAUUCUGACGACAACAUGCUGAAGAACAUCGAGCUGUUUGAUAAGCUGUCGCUGCGGUUUAACGGGAGAGUCCUCUUUAUUAAGGAUGUGAUAGGAGACGAGAUUUGCUGCUGGUCUUUCUAUGGA